AUAACUGUAUGCAGACUGCAAUGUGUCACUGGUGACCUUUGAGCGCCGUCUGCGAAGUGCGCAUGCGCUCGGAGUGAAGAGGAAGUGAACAACAUGUCGAUAGAAGACCCAUUUUUCGUUGUCAAGGGGGAGGUGCAGAAGGCACUCUCUCGUGCUCGGGGCCUGUUUGAUAGAUGGGAGGAACUGUUGCAAGAUGGGACACAGGUAAGCCGUGAUGAGCUGGACUGGAGUACCAAUGAGCUGAGGAACUGCCUGAGGGCCAUAGACUGGGACCUGGAGGACCUCAGUGAAACCAUCAGUAUUGUGGAGUCGAACCCCGGGAAGUUCCGACUGGGCGACAUUGAACUUCAGGAGAGGAGAGACUUUGUGGAGCGAACCAGAAAAUCUGUCCAGGACAUGAAGGAUCAGUUGUCCAGCCCUUCUGCCGUGGCUCAGGCAGAGAAGAAGAACAGAGCGGCUCUGCUGACUUCGUCAGGCCGGGACAGGUCAACGGGACUGGAGGCUCACCUGGUGUCUGCUAACUCCAGAUACAUCCAGGAGCAACAGGAACAACAGCAGCUGAUCAUGGAGGAGCAGGAUGAGCAGCUGGAGUUGGUGUCGGGCAGUAUCAGAGUCCUCAAAGACAUGUCGGGACGCAUCGGAGACGAACUCGAUGAGCAGGCUGUUAUGUUGGGGGAUUUUGGCGACGAGAUGGACCAGACAUCGUCCCGUAUGGACUCGGUCCUCAAGAAGCUGGAGAAGGUGUCUCACAUGACCAGUAGUCGGAGGCAGUGGUGUGCUAUCGGCGUGCUGGUCACCGUUAUGAUCGUGGUCCUCAUCCUCUUCUUCGCUCUCUGAUGCCGGUGACCUCUGACCUCUCGACUACGUCCACCGACUCCCGCCUGAUAGGACGAACGGAUGGAUGGAUGGACGGACAGAAACCGGAAGAAGGACGUGUCUCCUCCCCCCCCUCCCGUCCCUUUCCUUUCCGCCCACUGAGGAGAAACUGGUGACCUGCAGAGAGGAGUUAGGAGACAAAUCCUCCUUAUCUCUGCUUUUAAUGAUUCAAGUGAGAAAAGAAGAAAAGAGAAAAAACUUGAGCGGAGGAGCUUAACACAGCAGAAACCCCGGUGGUAUUGUCAAUUUCACAUUGGUGCAUUUCGGUUAUUGUUUGAAAGAAAGGUACUCAACGGUGGGGGGGGGGCUCAGAAUAGGAGGCCGCUGCUGUCGGGUUAAAAACACAAACGUGCACGUUUAUGACCAGGUGCAUCAGGGUUUGAAACGUACACCCCAACAGCUGUCCAGUGGCAGUAACAGCUGUUACGCUGAUACAUCAGCUAACACCAACCGCACAUGAACGCUCGAGUUGUAGUUCCUUUUCUUCCAAACUACAAAACAGUCUUGUCUCCAUCACCAUUCAUAACUUUUGAAUGACGCUGAACUGAGAUUAACCACAAACGUGACUUAUUUGGUAAGUAAGUAGUUCCAAAAAAAAAAAAAAAUCUUUUUAAAGGUGCCUUACAGAAGGAGUGAAAGGAAAGACAAAAAUAAAAGGUCACUCACACAUUUAUUUUAUUUCCGUUGGCUGGUAAAACCUGGUUCCUGGCAGAGUAACCAGCCAGAACGUAGUUUUUGGACACUGAUGAAUGUAGCUGUAUUAACUGUUCAGUGGAGAAAGGUGCAGUUAUUUGUGUUUUUAAGCAGACAAGAGCAGCGUGGGAGGGAGGAGAUGGGGGUGGGUCAGGUUUUUUUUUUUCUCAGUGUUGCCUUAAAUCUAUUUUUAUAUUGUUAAAAUGUGCACUAUGGUUUCUGCGCGUACACGUGAAUAACGGUGGGAAAUUACCAACAAGUACUAGUCAUCAGGAGAGUGGGCCAAAAGUCUGCAGGUUUUCCCUUCCAGUCCAACACGACAGCAGCUGAUUUCACCGAUGACCACGCUUUUAGCCAGGGGUGGGGGGGGUUAGUCACCUCCGGAAAUCAGCUGCUGCGGUGUUUGUCGUCAAAACAAAAAACACGUAGACUCCUAGACGGGCGAGGCACAGUGCUGCCCCCCCUGCAGGUGGCUCAGCACCCGAUUGGCCGAGGGCUUUUGUUACCCACACCGAGAGACAACCUUGGCUCGGAGCGGAUGGGUUUCGGCUCCUUCAUUGAGAAGCUUUAGCUAAUGAGAGGAGGACCAGUUGCUGGGCAGGAUGCACCCCCACGCAGCCCAGCUCCAGGCUUACAGCCCCCUCUGCUGGAGGCCGCGGCUCGGGUGACACUACCCGCACAAGGGUGUGCUGCACUGCUGUAUAAAUACAAACUAUAAUGCGUUGAAUUAUUGUGUCAGUU